UGCGCCGGAAGGAGGGCGGAGCGGGGCCCGGGCUUGUUUGGGUCCGACGGGGCGGCGGGGAGAGGCGGCCAUGGGGGUCCCGAAGUUCUACCGGUGGAUCUCGGAGCGGUACCCCUGCCUCAGCCAGGUGCUGAAGGAGCAUCAGAUUCCAGAAUUUGACAACUUAUACUUGGACAUGAAUGGCAUUAUACACCAGUGUUCACAUCCAAAUGAUGAUGAUGUUCACUUCAGAAUCUCAGAAGAUAAGAUUUUUGCUGACAUUUUUCACUACUUAGAAGUACUGUUUCGCAUUAUUAAGCCAAGGAAGGUUUUCUUCAUGGCAGUUGAUGGUGUGGCCCCAAGAGCAAAAAUGAAUCAGCAACGUGGCAGACGGUUUAGAUCAGCAAAAGAGGCAGAGGACAAAAUAAAAAAGGCAUUAGAAAAGGGAGAAAUUCUUCCUACAGAAGCCAGGUUUGACUCCAACUGUAUUACACCAGGAACGGAAUUCAUGGCCAGACUGCAUGAACAUCUUAAAUAUUUCGUCAAUAUGAAAAUUUCCACAGACAAAUCCUGGCAGGGAAUAACAGUCUACUUAUCAGGCCAUGAGACACCAGGUGAAGGAGAGCAUAAAAUUAUGGAAUUCAUCAGAUCAGAAAAAGCAAAGCCUCAUCAUGAUCCGAACACAAGGCACUGUCUCUAUGGCUUAGAUGCUGACUUGAUAAUGCUGGGAUUAACAACUCAUGAGGCUCACUUUGCGCUCUUAAGAGAAGAAGUCAGAUUUGGUGGUAAAAAAUCUCAAAGAGCGUGUGCACCAGAGGAAACCACAUUUCAUUUACUGCACUUGUCACUGAUGAGAGAAUAUAUUGAUUACGAAUUUUCACCAGUAAAAGACAAGAUUUCCUUUGACUACGAUAUCGAAAAGAUAAUAGAUGAUUGGAUCUUAAUGGGUUUCCUUGUAGGCAAUGAUUUUAUCCCUCAUCUACCUCAUUUACACAUUAAUCAUGAUGCACUGCCACUACUUUAUAGAACAUACAUGGCUAUCUUGCCAGAACUGGGAGGUUACAUAAAUGAAAAUGGGCAUCUGAAUUUAAAGCGCUUCGAGAAAUAUCUCACAAGAUUGUCAGAUUUUGAUCGUGAACACUUCAGUGAAGUCUUUGUAGACCUAAAAUGGUUUGAAAGUAAAGUAGGCAAUAAAUACCUCAAUGAGGCAGCUGGUAUUGCAGCAGAAGAAGCCAGAAACAAUAAACAGAAGAAACGCAAGGCUCAGGAAAAUUCUCUCUGUUUGGCUGCUUUAGAAAAAAAUGAAGAUGAAGUUGUCACCUCUAAAACUGUUUUGGAAGAUGAACCAGAAGAUGAUGAUCUGUUUGAAACAGAGUUUAGGCAAUACAAGAGAACUUACUACAUGACUAAAAUGGGUAUAGAAGUAGUUUCUGAUGAUUUCUUGGCUGACCAAGCUGAAUGUUACGUCCAGGCAAUACAAUGGAUUUUGCAUUAUUAUUACCAUGGAGUUCAGUCUUGGAGUUGGUAUUAUCCUUAUCAUUAUGCACCUUAUCUGUCAGACAUUCGCAACAUCAGUGAACUCAAAAUCCAGUUUGAACUGGGAAAACCUUUCAUGCCAUUUGAGCAGCUUCUUGCUGUACUGCCAGCAGCUAGCAAAGAUCUGUUACCUAGAUGUUACCAGCAUUUGAUGGUUAGUCAAGAUUCUCCUAUUAUAGAAUAUUAUCCACUGGACUUUAAAACUGACCUGAAUGGAAAACAGCAAGAAUGGGAAGCUGUGGUAUUAAUCCCAUUUAUUGAUGAGAAACGACUGCUGGAAGCCAUGGAAUCAUGUAAUAAGUGCCUAAAAGAAGAGGAGAAACAGAGAAAUAUUCAUAGUGCUUGCUUAAUGUAUUGGUAUGACAAAGAUGCAGAGUUCCAGUACAUGUCACCCUGGCCAGAGAAAUUUCCCUCCAUAGAAAGAUGCCAUACCAGGUACAAAACGAUACCUUUGGAUGCUUGGCAAGUAGAAAUCACCCACAACAAAAUAACUAAAAUCAACAAGAGUGCAUUGUAUUUCUGUGGAUUUCCUACCUUAAAGCACAUUAAACAUAAGUUCUAUCUUAAAAAAAGUGGCGUACAAGUGUUUCAGCAAAGCAGCCAUGGAGAAAACAUGAUGUUAGAAAUCCUAACUGAUGAGAACUCAAAAGAGCAAACAGUGGAAAAUGUUGCCAGUUUGGUACUUGGAAAGGUGGUUUUUGUUAAUUGGCCGCACCUUGAGGAAGCCAGAGUUGUUGCUGUGUCAGAUGGAGAAACUAAGUUUUAUUUGGAAGAACCACAUGGAACACAGAAACUCUACAUGGGAAAUGCAGUGCCCCCAACUAAGGUGACCUUUGUUGGAGAUAAGGAACAAAGCAUGUGGCUGAAAGAAGUUCAGGGUGUUUCAGAGCAUUAUCAGAGAAGAAAAGGAAUAAUUAUUCAUGAGACAUCAGUAGUUGUGUAUGCUCAGUUACUCACUGGUAAUAGAUAUCAACUAAACCAAAAUGGUCAAGUUUAUUUGGAGAAGCAGUGGUCAAAACAAGCUCUUCCUUUUGUUUACCAAACUGUUGUCAAGGAUAUCAGAGCCUUUGAUUCGCGCUUUUCGAACAUCAAAACUUUGGAUGAUUUAUUUCCACCUGGCAGUACAGCCUUUAUGCUGGGAUCUCCGUACUACGGCUGCAUGGGAGAAGUUCAAGAUUCACGUGAUGUGAUGCCAGAAGGAAGAAUUCGUGUAGUUUUCAGUAUUCCAUGUGAACCUCAGCUUGAUCGUCUAAUACAGAAUCAGCAUAAAUAUGCUGUGAAGUACAAUCCUGCGUACAUUUUGGCCAGCCGUCUUGGAGUAAGUGGAUAUCUAGUCUCCAGAUUUACAGGGAGUAUCUUUAUUGGAAGAGGAUCAAAGAAGAAUCCUCAUGGAGAUCACAAAGCAAAUGUGGGGCUAAACCUCAAGUUCAAUAAGAAAAAUGAAGAAGUUCCUGGCUAUACUAAGAAAGUUGGAAAUGAGUGGAUGUAUUCUUCUGCAGUUGAACAGCUACUUGCAGAGUAUUUAGAAAGGGUCCCCGAACUGUUCAGUUAUAUAGCCAAGAAUAGCCAGGAAGAUAUAUUCUAUGAAGAUGACAUUUGGCCUGGUGAGGAUGAGAAUGGAGCUGAGAAAGUUCAAGAAAUUGUUGCCUGGUUGAAGGCACAUCCUGUCUCUGCUUUAUCUCGCUCAUCUUGUGACUUGCAAAUUUUGGAUGCAGCUAUUGUUGAGAAAAUUGAAGAGGAAAUAGAAAAAUGCAAGCAGAGAAAGAGCAACAAAAAGGUGCGAGUAACUGUGAAACCCCAUUUGCUGUAUAGACCUUUAGAACAGCAGAAUGGAGUUGUUCCAGAUAGAGAUGCAGAGUAUAGGCUGUUUGACCGUGUUGUCAAUGUAAGGGAGAACUUCUCUGUACCAGUUGGUCUUCGAGGUACCAUUAUAGGAAUUAAAGGAGCCAGUAGAGAAACAGAUGUGCUCUUUGAAGUUUUGUUUGAUGAAGAAUUCCUUGGAGGCCUAACUAUAAGGUGCUCACCUGCCCGAGGUUAUCGUCUGCCCUCAAGUGCCUUAAUUAACCUGUCUCAUGGUGUUCGGUCAGAAAUGGGGAAUCAAAAACUGACGGCCAUAGUUAAACCUCAGCCAGCUGUGAACAACUACAAUUCAUAUGCAUCUGAUCUAACAUCUGUAUGCUCACAAAAAGUGCGUCUGGGAGGCCUCAACCAUUCCCCUCGCUCCCUUUUUGUUCCCACUCAACAGCUGAAUGGAAGACAGCAUUACAAUCUCAGGGCUGAAUAUCAAGGGACCUCCAACUCACCCCACAAAGGAUCGUUUCUGAAUAGCAAUCAGAAAAAUAAAGCACAGAAUAAGCAAGAGAAUGAAUUUUGCAGUAUCUGGCAAUCAUUGCAAGGUUCUGGGAAGUCUCACCAUGUUCAGCAAAACAUGCAUGAGAAGGGUGCAGUUCUACCUCAGGAAAUCAAGCUGGGAUCUGGUAAUCAGUUCUAUAAGCCAGGCUUCAAUGAUGGCAGCUUUAGAAGUCAGCAAAGAAAGCAGGAGCCAUAUAAAAAAUUUAAAGAAGAUUCCAGAUUUACAAGGGGUGAAAGUCAACCCCAUAAUAAAAUAUCAAACAAACAGAAUUUUGCAGGCAUGAAUAAGCACAAUGUCAAACUUCUGAAGAGAAAUGAAAGUGUGCCUGUAGUUCAGAAGGCUGCAAGUGAUGGUCCCUGUACAGGUGGAAAGAAGGAGAGUGAACUUGAAAGCCUUCUAGCUUCUUUGAAAAUUUCCAAAGAAAAUGAAGUGCAGACUUCUUCCAAGGAAGCAAGAGCUACAAAUGAAGAACAUCUAUCACCACAGUCAUUUGCCAUGAAAGGAACACAGAUGCUCAAGGAAAUUUUGAAGAUAGAUGGCUCUGACCUGGAAACAAGGAAUGAAGUAAAAUCCCAGGCUAAUGAUGUUCCUGCUUCCCCUGGUAGACAGGAUUGCCAUGGAGCUGCAUUGCAGUAUAGACAAACAAAAAAAAUGGCUGCUUUUAUGAACAAUCCUCAUAGCACUGGAGGCCCUCAGAGUACACCAGCAUUGGAAACUGGAGGUCACCCUUUUGUUGGUCAACAAUCCACACUGUCUACUCCUGUUUCUGAACUUUCUCGUAUUUGUUCUCUUGUUGGAAUGUCACAGCCUGAUUUCUCUUUUGUGAAAACACCACAGACUAUGACCGUUUGUCACAUCAAAUUAUCCAAUGGAUUGUUGGUUCGUGGACCACAGUGCCAUUCUGAAGCUGAAGCAAAGGAGAAAGCUGCACUAUUUGCUUUACAGCGUUUGAGCUCUGUAGGAGUUAACUUGCCUUUUCCUCCACCGAUGUUUCCAAAUUACCAGCCACUAGGAGUUCCUGUGCCACCUGGAUCUAUUCCUCCAGUCUUUCCCCAACCCCCUGCUAAUAUAAUACCUCCAUCAUCUCACAUGUUCGGUCCAGUGUCCUGGGGAGCUCCAGUGCCUAUUCAUGGCAAACACUAUUAUCCUGGUUCCUAUCCAGGAAACGUGUCUCUUGCAGGAACUAUACCAGUUGGUUCUCACAACCAGUUUAUACCUCUACAGGUAACUAAAAAAAGGGCUGCUAGCAAGAAAAACUUUGAGUUCAAGGAGUUUCAGAGUUCCCCUCAAGCUGCACCACUAAAGAAUGAACAGCCAGUGUCUUCUGAUCACAUUCAGCAAGAUAAUUCUUCAGCUCCUUUAAAAUCUCCUCAAGCUGCUCAGUCUUCUGUUUCAUUUCAAGACAGUGUGGCUACUCCAAGCGUUCCUCGUAACAAAUCAACACCAAAUACUUCCAGCAAGCGGAAGUCAAGAAAGCUGGCUGUCAAUUUUGGCACACCAAAAUCUGCAGAAUAAAUAUGGUAGCUAGGUGUAUUUUAUUUUUAACUCUUCCCCCAAUGUUAUAUCAUUUAAAAAAAUCAGAAAGCUCUACUAAAAAGACCAGCCACUUUAAGUAUAACAUAGAAUGAAAUACAUUUUAUUCGCUAUGAAUUUCAGUUAUGAAAAUUGAAAACGACAUUAAAACUUAGUUAUUUUGACCUAAAUUAGCAGGAAAUGCUGAGUUAAGGUUACCAUGCCAUUCAUUGUGCCUAGGUUUCUGAACAGUGGCUUACUGACUGUACUGGGUGAGCAGCAAUAACAGUGGCAACCUUAAUUCAGAAUUGCUGUGCUUUUUGAGUGGGAUAUGGAGCAGUAAUAAGUUGGGCAUCAAAUACUGCAUAGCAUGACGUUUUGUGUUCUAGCUUAUUUUUAAAUAGUGUAACAAGAUGGAAAGGAAAAAAAUAUUUAAAUGCAGUUUUCAUAUUGGCUUUCCAGGGUCCUUUUGAGAUGAAUCAGUAUAACUAAAACUUAGCUACAGUUAAACUGCCAAAUUUUCUUUAAUUAGUAGAUUCUAUGCCAGAGGGAAACAAUUUUAUAACUUUCAGAAGUAGGUAUUGCUAUAUCUCUGAUGGAACAGAAUGGCAAGAUGUGCUUGCUGAUGCAGAUUUCGUUCUAAGAGGUCAAUUUAUAGGAUGUCUUGAAUAAAAAUAUAUUUACAAAGUAGAGACUUCUUUGGUAAAGUUUUUGUUUUUAUUUGUUUGCUUCAAAGCUGGAAGCAUUAAAUUUCUUUGUUUUCUGGUAAUAAAGCAACAUGGAUAUCUACUACAGUUUGCAAAGUCCCCUAAAAUGCCAGUGAUAUCCUGAAAUUUUCUACAUUAUAAAAUCAAGUUUAAAGAUGUCUAUCUGUGUAAUAUGGCUGUCAAAAAUAUGCUUACUGAAUCCACUUUUCCCUCCAGUAGUGUGUGCCCUGAAACCUCUAUGAUAUGUUAUUUUUAUGGCUAGGUGACUUUUGGUAUUUAUUUUUGGGUUUGUGAUAGAAGUUCUGCAUAGCAAAGUUGUCGUUUCGUUAUCAUAAACUAUUACUGCUAGUUCCAUAACAAUAUUUAUACCAAGUUGACUUGUAUUUUUGGAGGGAGCAAUGUUGUAGGAAGUAAUUACAUCCUACUUAGUUCAUGAACAAAAUGAGAAGGCUCAGAGGUCGGUACCUGCUCAUUUUUCGCCCACGUGCACCGAUUUUACUCAUGUUAACAGUAACUCUUCAGUCUAAGAAUCUGAGGCCUCAGUUGGUACUAUUCAUUGGCACUGAUUAAAUUUCAUUUUUCUUCUUUAUUCUAAUUAUUCAAGGAAAAAAUAUUUUUCCUCUGAAAAUGGAAAGCUGAGAAAUAAGUUACACUCCAGUGAUUUAUUUUGUUGUCUCCCAAGCAGUUUUCAUGUUGGAUCUGCAAGUCUGUGGACUUGCUUUUCAACUCUAUUAGAAUCAACUUAAAUCCUAUAAAAAGGUCAAUAGAGGUAAAAAUGUUUUAUUUAGUACCACAAAGCUUGUAGAAUAGUUUAUAUCCAUCUUAAAAAUACAUUGAUUUUUGUUGUUUUCUUUAUAUUUGCUUAGUUUCAAAAAAUGAAGAAGCCAUAUCCCAAGAAUGGAAAGUGACCCAAGUUGGUGAUUUGUUGUCAUUUGCAAUGUGAUACUCACAGGAUGUUUUCAUGCCAAUAUUUCAAAAGAGUUUGUAUGAAAUUCUGUGAGACAAAGGUAUCAGUCCCCAUGUCCCAGAUGAAUUACCUGAUCAUCAGAGACAAGGUCUAUUUAGAAAUUCCUGUGAUAGAGAUUAAACUGCCAUAGAUUCUUGCAUCACCUGAUCCCCCAAAUUUAGUCUCCUUUGAACACAGGUGUCAUCAUGACAGACUUAAACAGAUAUGAUUAAUAAGGAUUUUGUCAUUUCAGUUGAAAUUCUGAAUUUCCAUAAAAUUACCAAAUUUUUAUAUACCUGGAUAGCCAACUUAUGCAGAUUAAAACAUAUUAUUAAGGACACUGUACUGCUAACGCCAGUAAACACAGCAGAUUUUGUUAUUAAUCGCUUCUUGUUUCUAGACUUCGUCCCUCUCUUCUGAAAACACUGCUAUAUUUAAUCUAUGUAGCUGGUUAAACACUUAAUUCUGUAGCUGCUGCAUAUCGUGUUAGACUCUGGGUUUUAGUGUAUAUAUUUAUAUCCUGUGAUACUGCCUGGUGCCCAGUUAAUUACAGCUUUACAUGUCCUGGUACAUGUGACAUCUGCAUUGACUUAUGCCGUCUCCCCGUGACUUCAGUUUCAUAUUUUAAUGAGGUGAUUGUUUAAUUCAUACAGGUAUAAAUUUACACAUUUGUUUUUCUCAUAGAUAUAAAGUAUUUUGUAAGCACUGGAAUUUUUCAUUAGAUCUUAUACAGAGCAGUAUUUUACUAAAAAUCCAAAAGGGAAGACUUUUAUGUGCGCAUUUUUGUAGUUUCUGAUUUUUUUAAAAUAACUUUUCAUUGUUUAUCUGCCAAGUGAAAUGUUUUAAAUUUGCAUAUGAAUGGAUACAGAAUGUAUUUUUUGUGCUGUUUAGUGUUAGUGUGCAUUUGCAGAUUUUUAGCAUGUACUUGCACAAAAGACUGUGCAAAGAUAUUUUAAAAUAUGAAUAUAUGAUACACUGAAGGAAAACCAUUAAUAAGAGUCAAAUGCUAUAUAAAACUUUAAUGCAAUAGAAUAAUUUUAUAAAUUGUGUCUGUGUCUGUUUGGAUUAAAUAUUGAAACCAAAAAAACCUUAUUUUCACUGUUUUAUUUUCAAAUACUGUGUGGGAACUUCUGUGUGCUCCAAAUGGGAACUGUAAGGUGGAAAUUCAGUGUCGUGAAGACCGAGUUCUGUUAUUCCCAGAAGUGGCAAAUGCGCACCUCCUCAGAGCUGUUUCUUGAUGGCUUUCAACUGCUGUUCACUUAAAGAUUGGAAUCUUGUUCAAAUGUCUGUUGGUCGGUUUGAAAUCAAAAGCAUUGAACUAAAUGGGGAUCUUCUGAAACUUUUUUGCAUCUGUCACUUGUUAGAUUAAAAAAAAAAAUCUACUGCCCUGCAGCAAGUUCAGCCCCAGUAAUUCUUGUCAAGGUGCAAAAAUAGCUGUCAGCUGAAGAACAGGAAAAGCCAUGGAUACUUGAAAAUGCUUGAUAACUGAACACUGCCUUCUUCUGUACCUGAAACAAAAUAUUAUGCUGAUAUUUCUGCUAGAGUACAGUAAGUUUAGUUUAUUUGUAAUGAGGCUUCUAAAUGAAGCAUAUUGGCAAGCUGCACCAAAAUAAUGCAGUGUGAUUAUAUUUGUCAAGAAAGAAAUUGCAAAGUAUGUUUCAUAAUUGGAUUUCCUCACCCAUAAUGAUGGCAGUUUCAAAAACCUGCUAAAUUAACGUCAUUAGGUAUCAUUUUAGAGGGUAAAUAAAUCUGACUUUGUAUGGAAUGUACAUAAAAUAUGCUGAAUGGUAAUUUUUUUUCCUCUGAGUAUGUUCAAACUUUACUUGUUUGCUUGUAAUGCAUAAUGAACACUGUAGUCUGUAGCCAUGCUUGUUAAUUUUUCGUACCUUUGAUUGUGACAUACAGAUUUUGUUAGGAUCUGUCUUUUGCAGAAAUCUGGUACUUUCCUUUUUACAGGUUAUUAUGUGAAUUAGCAUGGUUAAAAUGACAGGUAUAGAAAUUGGAGCAUACUCUUAACAUUACCAACUAUUUAAUGUAACUGUAUUCUGUGCAGAACUGCAGUCAAGUCUUGGUACGUUCAGGUCACAUUAUUCAACACGAAGAUGCCAGGAUAUGGUCUUGCCUGUGCAAAUUAAUCAGCAGGCUGUAGGUACUUCAGGUGUCCUGUAGGGCAGUUUCUGCCUUGUCCUGUCUCAGUGCUCAGCAGUAAAGAGGAUGAACUUAAGUAAAGGGACAACUUUAAAACAUAUUAGUUUGUGCAUAAUAAAUCUUGCAUAGCCAUUCCCAUUCAAAACUUAAGUUACUCUUUUUCAAUUUAGUUUAGUUCAUUUGAAUUACUGCACAAAUGAUCCAUAAGAGUGAAGAAACUCAAAUCUAAGACUGGUUACUUCCAGUAAGGAGUCUCUUCCCUCCCCUCUUUUGAGAAGUGAUCUGCAUAGAUGUUCCAUAAUCGUCCUUCCUUACUAUGGAGAGUUAUGUUCUCUUUCUGUCUCUGGAAAAGAGACACAGUGACAUCAUGGGCACAGACACAGGUUGAGUAAACAUUUUGGCCCAAAGAAUCCAAAUUAAGGUGCAUGAGGACCCUUGAAUUUUGAGACUGUAACCGCUAUGUAUUUGGAGGAAUCGGCUAUCAUGAGGUAAGUAGCUGUUGAUUAUUAACAAAAGAAUCCAUCGUUUCAACAGAGGUUCCUUAUUACUGCUGAUUUUUACAUACUUCUCUGUGACUAAAAAAUGUCCUGUUUUAUCUCUGCUGCGAAGGAUAAUACAAAUCAAAAUGAACAUAGGUAGUCCACAGGUCGAGUGUUAACAGUAAACCUAUCAUUUUAGAGGACAGAGAAAGCAUUUUCCAGUAAAACUAAUUUUUUUUUUUUCCAAUAAAAUUUGGUCAGUGAUCAUUAAUGCAUCAGCAUUGCUUUAUGAAAGUUGAUAAUGCCCCUUAGUCCUCUAUUUUUUUUGCAUCAGAAGGACCAAGGCUAACAAUCCAAAGCCACCAUGUAAUUUCUGUGCCAGUAACUGUCAGUAAAAAUCAUAGUCUUGUUAUAGAAUCCUUGUUGGGGUUGUAGGGUGAAGCAAGAGCAAUUGUAUGCCUCCAGCAUACCCGUUCUCUUGUCCUUAAGCUUCACUGAUGGUCAUUUCCCUCUUUUUUUUUAGCUUUCCUUUGAAUUUCCAAACUUUGAAAUCAGUGUUCUUUUAAAGAGCUGUUCAGCCCUGGACUUUCCAUGCUCAUUACUCAUAGAUGCAUAAAUAGAAACAGUGCAUACACACAACAUAACUUCCUUUGUUUUUCAAAGCUGUUUGUAGUUCCUUAAGAGACAUGCAGAGGAUGACAGCCAUUGUCCUGCAUAUACACAUAGCACAUGCCCAAACAUGGGCAUCGCUUGCACAGGUUUAAAGGCAUGGGCAAACAAUGGAAUGUUAGCAAGUGUACCACUGCUCAUUUCACUUGCGUUGUUAAAUAAAUUGUUUGAAGACAUGAGUGACCUAAAACUUUGUUCUAUGAUCCACCUUAGUCUCUGUCAAAGGUUACUUCUUUUGGAGAGCUCGUGGAAAGGAAGGACUGCUUGUGUCCCAGGCACUUCAAUGCAAACCUUUAUGUAUGUGGGCAGUUGUGAUAUGUAGUUCUGUAGUGAAAAUACUGGCUGUACCAGCCUCAUGUGACUUGUUCCCACUUGAUUGUGCCAAACUGUGUACAGACUGUAUUGCUGCACUGUGAAUCAUAUCAAGAAAUUCA